GAUGAGGAGGAAGAGAAGGAGCAAGAGAAUGAAGAAGAGGACAAGGAGGAGCACAAGGCUGAGGAGGACAUGGAUGAGGAGGACAAGGAAGAUGAGGAUGAGGACAAGGAAGAUGAGGAUGAGGAAGAGGACGGGGAGGAGGACGAGGAGGAUGAGGACGAGAACAUGGACGAGGAGGAGGACAAGGAAGAUGAGGAUGAGGACAUGGACAAAGAGGAGGAUGAGGAGGAGGACAAGGAAGAUGAGGAGGAGGACAUGGACAAAGAGGAGGAUGAGGAGGAGGACAAGGAAGAUGAGGAGGAGGACAUGGACAAAGAGGAGGAUGAGGAGGAGGACAAGGAAGAUGAGGAGGAGGACAUGGACAAAGAGGAGGAUGAGGAGGAGGACAAGGAAGAUGAGGAGGAGGACAUGGACAAAGAGGAGGAUGAGGAGGAGGACAAGGAAGAUGAGGAGGAGGACAUGGACAAAGAGGAGGAUGAGGAGGAGGACACGGAAGAUGAGGAGGACGAGGAGGAGGCAGAUGAGGAGGAGGACAAAGAAGAUGAGGAUGAGGACGAGAAGGAGG